UUUCACUUGUCCGCCCACUGGGAGGAUCAGCCUUUAUUAGCGAGAUUCAAGUCUGACAGAUUCAAAGCUGAUCCAGAGACUGUGGUUAGACCUGCCUGCUGGCUGCUCCCCACCAAGCAGAGAAAAUGCAGCAGAACAGAGAUCCACCGCCGUAUCCUGAAAAGUUAACCAUUGCUCUGCUUGGAAAGACAAAUCCGUUAAAGGACGCCAUUGGAAAUAAAAUCCUCUCCGCUGAAGAUUAUUUUAACUCGGCGUCAAACGACCUCGUCGUGGGAGAGAACAACUCAUUCAUAGUCAUCAAAACGCACGAUUUCUUCGACGAAAAAUGCAAACACCCAGACCAGCAGAUUAUUGACUUCAUGGCAAUUUCUUAUCCCGGCCCCAAUCUCUUCAUGCUGGUGAUGGAUCCAGGAAACACCCAGGAGGAAAAAGUUGUCGCUCAAAUCAGUAAACUUCAGGAUAUCUUUGGAGAAAAUAUCACCACACACUUGGUUGUCAUGUUGCCGGACGUCCAAAGUUCACAAUCGCUCAGUCAUCUGAGAGAAAUUUUCCACGUCCAAUUGGGCUCCGCCGAUGACAAUCUGGUCCACGAAUGCAGGAGGUGGAGUCCGAUACGCAACUCCUUCUUGUUUAACUACAAAAACUACACUCAAGAGGCUGUGACACGAAGGAGGGCGGCCCUGGAGAAAAGAAGAUACAACCCCCCGUCUGAAGAUGCGACAGCAGGGACCAGACUCUACGUAACGCCGGACAACAUCUUCAACAUCGUUCUACUGGGACAAACUGGGACUGGAAAGAGUGCGUCUGGGAACUCCAUCCUGUCUCUUGGAAGCUCCAAGUCGCGCCCGAGACCUUUUGUAUCCAGGCCGAGCUCCAUCCCAGUCACCAAGGUGUGUGAUGCCAGAUUCAUGAGCCAGGGGUUCGGGAUGCCCGUGAGAGUGGUCGAUACUCCAGACUUCUUUCACGACGAACUCAGAAACCCAGAGGCGCAGGUAGCCGAGUGUAGGAAGUACUGCCAGCGUGGGGAAUGCGUGGUGUUACUCGUGUUACAGCUGGGCCGGGUCACAGAUGGUGAGAGAGGAAUAUUAGAAAAGCUGGAGGACAUGUUAGGCUGGAAGCUCAGGGAGGAGACAAUCGUGGUGCUGACCCACGCAGAUGACCUGAGGGAAAGUCUGGUUGACCAUGUUAACUCAAAUCCUGCCCUCAGGGACAUUGUUGACAAGUGCAGUUUUCGCUGUAAAGUCCUGAACAACAACUCCAAGGGCACCAAGCAGGUCGUAGAUCUCAUCAGGUCUAUUCCAAAUUAUGAAAAACGUUUCCCAAAGUUGGCGAAAAAAGAAUCUUCUGAGUGCUUGUUGUGUUAGAUUGACUCAAAGUGCUCACCAGUACGCUCCCAAUGUGCCAACUACAAACCCCUUUAACAGUUUACUGUGGCAACUUGGCUUGGUAGUGUUGUAUACUAAGUAGCGAUGAUGUGAAGAUGUAUUGAAGAGAAGUCCGCCGACACCGUCUUGAUCGUAUAUAAAGGUUUAUUACAAAAAGACCGGCAUCAAUUCAAGCACUGCAGAACUUGGAGAGUGUCCGGCCAAAAGGAUUAUCUUAUGUAUAAAUCGAACAAAAGAGGGGUUAAAGGAAAGGUCAGGGGUUAACAGGAAGCCCCUAACAUAACAUCCCAGAGGAAGAAAACGUAAAUCACAUGUGCUACUCACAUUCCAUAUAUUGACAAAAAAGACACUACAGUAGUGUCAGACUCGUGGCGGACAGUUACAAAAAAAAGAGAUCCUAGUCGGUUCAGCUGUACCAGAGAUGUUGCUCUGUUGCCGACAAUUUUUGUCAAACGUUCAGAUAGGUCGUGCCGGCAGGAGGAGUCGUCCAGUCUCCAUCCGCCGUGACGACAGUCUGGCGAGGUCCCACAGGAGCAGGAGAGCUCAGCAGCUGUGCGCUGGUCUUCAGGUGUCGGUUCACCAGCCGUUCAUUUCCACAACUAACUGGUUAAGUCUUCAUCCGUGUUGAGUUGCCUCAACAACACAACCAAAGCCAAGCCGCUUGAAAUCUCUUCUAUAUACAACCGUAUAUAUAUAUAUCUUACAUUUUUUUGUGAGUGUUUCGUUUGCAGACAAAUGAUGAAGCUGAAGAACAAGACAAGAAAAGAGAUGACGCUUCUUCACUCUUUCUGGUCGUCAGGUUUCUGUUUUUUUAAGUGAAACUGAAUCCUCUGUGUGUGUUUGUGUGUGUGUUUCCUCUAACAACUGCCUCAGAAAUGUUUUUAAAUUGAGCAGAACAAACGAGCUGUUCAGCAGGAUGCUCCACAUAGUUCAUUGUCGGUGUUAUGAUUAAAAUGAGUUUCCUCAUAUUUCCUCCAGAACCUGGUUCCACGUCUCUCUGAAACAUGAUUUCCUCAUUCAGUCUCCCACUGUGUGGUGUCCUACAUGAACAUAAAAUACUUUUGGUUGUUUGACAAGUGUGAAUUUCCCCUCAUGUUUGGAGUUCAUGUCCAUGCUCUGUAUUUGUGACACAAUAAAAAUCCAUGAAACAUA